AAUUAAGCAAAGCUUAAACCCAAAGGACAGUCAGAUCAGACCGAUCAGAUCGAUCAAAGCAGCUCAAUCCCCCUCUCCUACCUCUCUCUCACUUCGUCUCCCUUCUAGAACCUUCUAGGACCAACCGAGCAAUGCCGCUCCACCACCCCAAGCACCGCCACCACGACGACGACCUCCUCCCCUACCGCCGCUCCGACGACGAGGCCAAGCCGCGCCGCCCCUACACCCCCACCUUCACUUCCCCAUCCGCCUCCGCCCACCGCCUCCUCAUCCUCUUCGCCGCCGCCUGUCUGCUCAUCGCCGCCGCCUCCCUCGCCUUCGCCUUCUCCGCCCGCCGCCGUCUGCCUCCUCCGCAGCCGCCACCCGUCGGCUUCCGCUGCGGCCAAGCCGAGGACACGCUCCGCUCGUUCCUCGCGUCCUCCUCCUCGCACCGCAACUACUCCGCCAACGACAGGGAGAAGGUGCUCGCCGUCGUCGGCGUCCACACGGAGCUCGGAUCCGCCGCCCGCCGCGCCGCGCUGCGCGCCACCUGGUUCCCGCCCAACCCCGAAGGCAUCGUAAGUUUGGAGCAUGGAACUGGUUUAUCUUUUAGGUUUGUCAUUGGACGGACAAAGGACAAAGAAAAAAUGGAAGAUCUUCAGAAAGAGGUGGAUAUGUAUCAUGACUUCUUGUUUAUUGAUGCUGAUGAGGAUACAAAGCCCCCACUGAGAAUGUUAGCAUUUUUCAAAGCAACUUAUCACAUGUUUGACGCAGAAUUCUAUGUCAAAGCUGAUGAUGAUAUCUAUCUGCGCCCAGAUAGACUUGCUGCUCUUCUUGCCAAGGACAGACCUCAUCACCGGACUUAUGUUGGUUGCAUGAAGAAGGGACCAGUUGUCAAUGAUCCAAAUAUGAAAUGGUACGAAAGUUCAUGGGAGUUGUUAGGCAAUGAGUACUUCAUGCAUGCAUCUGGUUCCAUAUAUGCUCUUUCUUCUGAGGUGGUUGGAGCUCUAGUUACUGCAAAGAAUGAUAGCUUAAGGAUGUUUGAUUAUGAAGAUGUCACCAUUGGCGCAUGGAUGCUUUCCAUGAAUGUAAAGCAUGAAGACAACCGUGCAUUGUGUGAUCCUACAUGCACUCCUACAUCCAUUGCUGUAUGGGACAGUAAGAAAUGUUCAGGUUCUUGUAACAUAGUUGACAAAAUAAAGGAGCUUCACAACACCACUUUGUGCUCGAAAGGCCCAACUUUGCCGCCUGAGGUGGAGGAACAGUAGAAACUUGCGCAUUUUUGGCCCUUCAAAGGGUUAUUAUGGUGAUGCUGAAUGCUUGCCAGUUGGAACAUCCGAUUCCUCGUCCACUCCAUUUGUUUCUAUACUGAUGUAUCAUUUAGUGGCCUUCUUCCGACAGCGACCUUCCUGCUCAUUCUUGCUGCUGGAGAGCUCCUGGAGAAGCAUUGAUACCAUCACACGACACGUAGUAUCUGAGUGCAUACCCCUAAUUGAGCAAUGUAAACAACAGACGAUGAAUGUAGGUUCAGAUGAAGCGAUCUACUUUUAGUAGUUAAGGGGGAGCAUUUCUCCCAUCCUGUGGCAGCAAGGAGUGAAUCAUUCGCUCAAUUGCAUGCUCACUGAUGUAUAUAGAUGUACACACCCUUGUGAUCUCAUCUUGUGCAUUGCCGACCAGACGGUUGAUAUUGCUUUAUUCUUGCUCUGUUUGUACCA